AUGUAAUAUUAAUAAUACUUUUACAAUUAUUACGAAAACCCUAAAGAGGUUGAGACCUUCCAUAGCACUUACAAAAAAAAUUUAAAUGAUUAGCAAUUACUAGAAAUAUAAAAUAAAAUAUAAACCCUCUUUGAAAAGUAAAAAAUAUCGCUAAAUGCUAAGAAAUAGCUCAUUUAUUAGUAAAUAGUAUAAUUACAAUAUCCCUAUCGCAAGAAAUUUAUAUGCUCUUCUUGGGUUAGAGGUUUUUGCUUUUUUUAAACUAAAGACUGUAUACAUGCCCACGGUAUCGAUGAUUUGAAUUACAAUAAAGACGAUGAUAUUUCAAUAAGCGCUUAAACAAUGUAUGAAAGAAUAGAUAUGAAGAGUCUAACUAGCAGCUUAAAUUAUAUUUACCUUUAUGAAUUUUGUUAAUAUUAUAAUCUACCUUGCUAAAAAGAUUAUUCUUUAGAGCAGAUAAAUAAUGACAGAACCAUAAGAACUACAAUCAGAGAGUACACUCGUACAAAAAUGUUUGAGGAAUUCUAUUUAAUGAUAAGAAGGUAAUAUCCAGAUAUUUUUUUAACUGAGUAGUUUUUGGUUUAGGAGUUUAUCCGAAUAGGUGUAGGUUCAGAUGCUUUUGGGUUUAGUAUAAAAUCGAUUAGAAUAGCUAGCUAUCUAAUGAAAAAUAUGUGCUAUAUUGCAAAGUUUUAAUAACCACCUUCUCUUGGAACUUAUUCAAAUUUUGUUUUGCUAAGAGAUAAGAAUCUAGAUAUUUAUGAGUAUUUUAAAGCAAAAGUUAUUGAAGUGUUGAAGGAAAUUAAAAAAACUUAAAAACCGCUAAUAGAAUCAAACAUAAGAUAAUUAGUCAAAUAAAGCUAGUUAACUGAAUUAGAGCCAUGCUUUGAAAUCUAUUUAGUUAAGGAUAAUAUGUGCUUAUUUAGAUUCUUCAAAACAUGGGCAAUUCAUGACGAAGAAUUUUUAAAAUAGUGUAUCCAAUUAUUUGAAAACACAAUAGAAACAAGUGAUUAACUUCUAAAUCACAUUGUUUUUGAUUGUUGCUCUGAUAAAAGUGAGAAAAUAAUGAGAAAAAAUAAACUUAUUGAAGAAUAUCUUUCAAAAUAAUAUAAGAAUCAAAAGAAAAAACUAUGUAGAUAUUGGUUAAGAGGAUUGUGUAUAUUUGAAAAAUAACAGUGUUAAUAUUCUCAUGGUAUUGAAGAUUUAGUUUAUGAAGCCUAUGAUGAAAAAAUAGAUGACCCAGACUAUAUUGAUUUUAUGAGUUAAAAACCACUUUGGAAAUAAAGAAGUUAUGUUUCUUUAUUUUAAGAGCAAGAAAUCUUAUUAUAAAAAGGGCUUAUAGACAAGAUUCACUCUCAAGAAGAUUUAGACAACACUAAAGAGCUUAGAGAAAACAUAAGAGAUAUCAUGUAAAAAAAUGCUAUGGAAUUAUUUAUGGAAGAGAUAUGGAAAUAUUAUGGAAGAGAAACCAUUUUAACUGAAAGCUUUAUUGUGAGAGAAUUUAGAAGAGUUGGUUUCUUUAAAUUAGGAUACACUUUAAAAAAUCAAAUGAUUGUAGAUAUUGUUGCUAUUAAUAAAUGUUUUGUUUCUUAGACAGUUUUACCACCUUUAGUUUAAAAAACCUAAAUUUUGUAUGCUUUUCCUCCGUAUGAAAAAGCAAUUAAGCAUUAUGUUUCUAAAACUUUGAAGGCUUUUAUUGAAAAAAAGUAAGAAAUAGACCUUGAAGAAUAAAAUGAAGAGUAAAAAUUAAGAAAUUAGCAAGAAAAUUCUGCAAAAAAAGACACCUUUAUUGAUAAUUAUGAGAUAGAUAAAUAAUUUGAAGAUGAAGAAUAGAUAAUUAAUAAAGUUAAGCAACAAUAAUUAGAAGAAAAUGAUGAAUAAAAUUAGCCUUUAUUUACUGUAAAUGAAUUCAAAAUAAAAAAAGAAUUUUAUAGAGAUCCUUAAGCAGAUAUUCCUCCUCUUCACUUGAUAUAAAAGCACUAUAAUAAACAGCUUGAGGAAAUAAUAAAUGAUAUUUUAGAUAAUUAAGACUUUAAAGAUGCUUUAUAAUAAAACAUACCAUAAUUUAAUUUAAAGGCCCUAAAAAAUUGUUUGAUUUUAGAUAGCGACACUUAGAAAAUUUAGAAUGCUAUUAAUGUACUUCUUUAAAAGAAAACUUAAAAAAUGAUCUUCAACUUUGACAAGUUUUUAUAUAAUAUAUAUCUUUAGUUCCGUCCUCAAAUUAGAGCAACAAUAGGUUUCACUAAAUUCAAAGAAAAUUUUAAGUAGAUUUUAACUGAAAAGUAUGACUGUGAAGUCUUUAAUAUGAGCUGUAAAAGCUUAGCAUUAUAAAAAAAAAUAUUUAAAUAGUCUGUAAAAUAAAAUAAUUAAAAACAUUAAAAAAAUAACUUAACAGCAAAAUCUGACGAAAAGUAGUAUAAGGAAUAGAUUUUAUAAGACAAAUAUAUCUUUAAAUAAGCCUAAAUCGAUUUAAAAGACAGAAUAAAAAUAGUUGAUACUAUAUAAUCUAUAGACGAAGCUCUUAGAAUAUUGUAGCAGUAAUCAUAUCUUGGAGUGGAUUUAGAAGGCUCUCUUUCAAAGCAUGGGCACAUUGAACUUAUUUAAAUUAGCUAUCAUGAUUUCAUAUAAAACCAUUCAUUUAUCUACGUAUUUGAUUUCGUUGAAAUGGAAAAAUAGUAAGAAGUUUUUAUCCUUGCAAAAAAAGCUAUUAAAUAAAUAAUGGAAGACAAAUCAAUUAUAAAAAUUUUAUAGGGAUGCUAGAAAGAUGCUCUAGCUCUCUAUCAUCUAUUUAGUACACAAAUUAUAAAUGGUUUAGAUACUUAGGUUGCUCAUAAUUUUAUUAUAUAACUUAAGGCUCUAAGUGAUUUGAAAUAGAAUAACAAAAAAAAAAUAAAGGAUUUAUAAUAUUUUAAUUGCGGUCUCAACUAAAUCCUUUAAAUAUAUAACGCUCCAAAUGGUCUCAAUCCUUUAAAGGCUAAAUUUCAAAGUAUAUUUGUUGAUCCUGUACAAAGUGCACACUACAUGAAGUAAAGACCUAUUAAUGAAGAAUUUUUAAUCUAUUCCUCAAAAGAUGUUGAAGAUUUGAUACCUGUUUUCUUUAAUAUUCUGAAAUCAUUAAUUUCAAAUUUAAAAACUCUCUAUGAUGUAAUAGAUAGUUAAACUGCCACAGAAUUAAUACUAAAAGUAUCAUAAGUUACUACCAAUUAUAAAUAGAAAUGA